AUGUUCUUUGAUGAAGAUGAUCUCCCUAACCUAAGCCCUAGUAGCCUCACGCUGUAUAUCAAGAAAAAUGGUUACGAGAUGGAAGGUAUCAGAAUCGAACUUCCUACGACGGCGACCAUGCAGGAAUUGUUCGAUAAAGCACAAGAAUGCCUGGGCUUGGACUUGCCGGUCGAACGCGUAUUCUUCAGCAACGGGUUCGAAGUAUCAGAAAUGAGUCAUAUAGAACAGAAUGAGGUGCUCUAUGUGAGUACAGGUGGGAAUUUCAGAUCACCCACACGAAACCCGUUGUCUCGGAAUGUGGCCAACUACAUACUUGGUGAAACUCUGGGUGAAGGCGGCUAUGGUGAAGUCGUGAAGGCUGUUGACUCAACCACGAAAGAGGAGUUCGCUAUGAAAUUAGUGAAGAAAUCUAGCUUCAGCAGGUUUGAAGACAUACAGCGAGUCUACACUGAGAUCGACACGUUGCGAGCUCUUCGUCAUCCUAACGUCAUCCGCAUGGUCGACGUUGUGGAUCAUCCAGAGUAUAUCUGCUUCGUGAUGGAGCUGGCAAGCGGAGGAGAGUUGCGACGGUUCGUUGAAAGGCAUGGCCCUCUUGAUGAGAACAUCUCCCGGCAUAUAUUCAAUCAAAUAGCGAAAGCAGUUCACUACUGUCAUUCGAAACGGGUCGUCCAUAGAGACCUCAAGCUGGAGAAUAUCCUCAUGGAUGAGCACAACUGCUGCAAGAUAGUUGACUUCGGUCUAGCCGACUUCGCUGUGAUCCCCGAGAUAAUGGUCACAGAUGCUGGCACUGAGGCGUACUUGGCGCCUGAGGUCUAUAGAGGGGAGAGUGUGGGGAACGACCCCUUCAAGAUCGACGUGUGGUCCCUUGGCGUCAUCCUUUAUGCCCUGACUCACGGCAAACUACCAUUCGAACGCCCUGCGAAGGAGGUCUGCGAGAGACUCGAGCGAGAGGAUGCUCACGCCCAAGGUUAG